CGGGGGUCCCACGGGAGCCGGGGGUCGCAGCACAGCCGGGGGUCCCAUGGAGGCCGAAGGCUUCGCCCUCUGCCAGGCGCCCUCCCUGCAGACCAAAGUGUUCCAGUACCGGCUGUGGGACGUGAACCAGAAGUCGCUGUACCUGCGCGGGGAGCAGCUGCUGGCCGGGCACCUGCAGGGCGCCAACGCCGCGCUGGAAGAGAAGGUGUUCUGGGUGCCCAACCGAGCCCUGCAGCCCGCGCGGCUGCCGGUGAUCCUGAGCGUGCGGAGCGGCUCCCGCUGCCUGAGCACCGAGAGCGGCCCCGGAGGAGCGCCCAGACUGCGCCUGCAGGACGUGGACAUCCGGGAGCUGCCCCGCGCCGGGGACAGCGGGGCCGCCUUCACCUUCUUCCGCUCCUACCGGGACGGGCUGUGGCGCUUCGAGUCGGCCGCGCACCCCGGCUGGUUCCUGUGCACGUCCCCGCUCGGCCACCGGCCCCUGGCGCUCUGUCGCCACCCCGAUGUCACCUCCCAGCUGCUCGACUUCUACUUCCAGCUCUGCUGAGCCCCCCCGGGCACCGCGCGGGGACAGCAGAGCCCCGGGCGAGGUGGCAUCUUCCGUGGGAGGGUGACAUCCCUCUGGGGAGGGUGACAUCCCUCUGGGGACGGUGACAUCCCGCUGGGGAGGGUGACAUCUUCCGUGGGUGGGUGACAUCCCUCUGGGGACGGUGACAUCCCCCCCGGGACGGUGACAUCCCCCUGGGGACGGUGACAUCCCCCCCGGGACGGUGACAUCCCCCUG